AUUCAAUAUGUACCUAAUACCUAUACAUUCGCGAAUGUGUUCACAUUCGGUUCACAUUGAAUUUAAAUUGUUUAAUAGUUUGUGUUUCAUGAAAUCAUGACUUUAAACUAAAAUUACAAUACUAAUACCCACAUUUACCAACAUCUCUAAGGUUUACUAAACUACUUCGCCGGUGUAUAACAUUUGAUUUCUACGUGGGCGGGAAGUGUUGAUCUAAAAAUAUCCCGACACGUGGAAACAGCUGAAAAUAUCCACGCGAGCAAAUCCCAACAACGGGCCUUCGCGGCCCGUGAAACAUCAAAGCUCGCAAUAAAGGUCGCAGCGUUAUAGACAGGUAUUCAUAAAAUGGCGGUAAAGGUUACAUUACGAAAGGGCGGCUUAAGCCCGCAAGCGCUCAUAACAAGUCUUGUACCUAGAUGGAUUAGCGCGGCACCUGCGAGACUGAAGCCGGGCCUGAGCGGCACUGCAGGCCCGGCGCGGCGGCGCGGUCUGCACGCUCCGCGCAUGCGUCCUUCCAACUAUUAAAAAUGAAUUCCUGGCUCCCGCACUGAGUGCCGCUCGGCCGUCGCAGCCGGCUCGCGCUUGUUAUUUUCGCGUGAGGCCGGGCCGCGCCCGUGACGUGUGUGCUGUGUUGGGUGUUGUCAGUGCAUGUGUUGACGCCCGAGCGGGCCCGGAUGCGGUGCUAGCGGCCGCGACAUGGCGCGCCGCGCCGCCCGCGCCCGCGCCCUCCACUCCCCACCAUGAGCGACCUGCAGGCCACCUUCGAGUUCUCUGUAGAACUCUACAAGUUCUACAAUGUCGACCUCUUUCAGAGAGGGUUGUAUCAAGUCCGCGUGGGCCUUCGCGUGUCGCCGAAGAUCCCAGUCCACAUCGAGGCAUCCGUCUCGAGCGGCAAUGGUGCCGCGCGCACUGGCCGGCCCGCCGCCAACGCCAGUCUCAUCGGUGGGCUGGCAGCAUCACGGGCCUUCCAGAUAAUGUAUAGGAACGAGGAGGUCACACUGCGGGACAUUGUGCAUUUUAGAGCUCAUUUGCUUGUUGACAGCCGUAACUUAAAAGAUUCCCUGGAGCGAGCAGAAUGGAGCCUCGGCGUAGAACUCUGGUGCAGCGAGGGCGCCCAGUCCAGCACACUAGCUCCUGUCUCCUGCCGCGUGCUGAAGCUGCACUUCCAACCCGCACAAGGCCUGCACUACCACCUGCCCGUGCUGUUCGACUACUUCCAUCUCUCAGCUGUUUCCAUCACCAUUCAUACUAGCUUAGUCGCAUUGCAUCAGCCUUACAUCAAGAAAAGCAUCAUGCAUUAUGUUCAAAGCUGUACUCCUCGCUCAAGCAAACAAUGGGGCAAGCUAAUGAAGAAUGCCGGGUCAAACUUCACCACGUCAGGGAGCUUAGAGAACAUGCUGUUUGGCUCGAGUGCCAAAUGUGCCGGCGGAAAUUCCAGCAAGAUUGCACACGCCAGACAAGUACACGCGGAAGUCUGCGGCAUUCUGCUCGGUUCCUUGGAAGGGCUCCAAAACGCGCUGUCCAUUUGCGGCUCCACUGGCGCCCUGCUAACUCCUGAGGAGUCAUCGUCCAACUCCAUCGUCGGUGAAGUGGCUCAGCGGAUCAAAGACCUCAGCGAUAUUGGCAAGAAGUCGGAAGCAGGUGAAGAAGAGGAAUGGGCGAUGGGCGCAGCGCAUGACAUCGCGCGACUAUGCGCGGAAGUUACGUUGCGCUGGCGCGCGUUCUUGCAUCACACGUCCGACCGGCCCCACGUGCAUCAUGCGCUCGCCGCGCGCCACCACGCGCUACGCAUCAAACGCUUCUCGGAAUGCUUCUUCGUGCUGGACAACCCGCGGCACUCGCUGGCAGGCUGCUACGACAGCAACUACCAGUCGUACCAGAGCGUGGGUGAGGCGGCGCGUCGGAGCCGCUACCUGGCUUUGCUUCCCCCGCUACCCGUGCAUUGUAUCGCAUUGGAUGGCGAUCCGCAUAUCAUGCCUAUCAUUUUUGAAGAUCGAUACCAGGACACUGCAGAGUUUGCAAGAAGACGUUCAUUUUUAAAUUCGAAUGCGAGUAAAUCUGGAAGUGAUCCAUUUUUGUGCACAGACCCGCUGAGUGAAGACUGUGGUUGUAGUGUCUCCUCGCUGAUGGAUUCACGGAGGCCUUCAUCCGAGGCAUCUCGAGUUACGCUGACUUUACCCAAGGCAAUCAUGGACGUCCUAGAACCGCAAUUCAAAUCACCCAAGUCUAGUAGCACUGCUUCCAGUGUCGUACAAGCCACGCUCACCAUUACCCCCCAAAAAUCAGCCAGUGGAUCCCCCAAGAGGAACUUAGUGAAACAAGCUGUGCUCGAAAUCAAUAAAACACCCAAAGUAGAAAUCACUGGACGUAAUAGGUACAUCGUGCAGAAUAAUCAAAUAAGCGAGAUCCAACUACCGCCUAACAACGCUUUUGCCUCUUGUCCCAUUCAACAGGGACAACAAAUGUCGAGAUACUCCGCUUCCACUCUUCUAGAUGUAACUAAAAGUAACCACACGUCCCGACAAGGAAAAGAUCCCAAUGACACAAAUGAGGUGUUUCAUCAGAAACAUGAAAUCACCAGUGGUGUCAGUACACUCCCUGCUAGACAUAGCAAGUCACUAGAUCAGUUGAGAGUCGCACAAAUGACACCACUUAAUAAUUCGCAUCAAAUGCUUGCAAAAAACGUACGAAAUAGCUCCAAUACCUCAGUAAACUAUCCUUCCAAACCGUAUCAACCGCCACAGCAAAUCAAGCCUACCACUUUACCUCGUAGCGUCACCACCACCGCUUAUCCCACCAGCACAACAACCAGAUGUGGAUCCAAAGGGGACGACUAUAGGAGAAACAUAAGCGAAUUCAGAGAAAAGUACAAAAACCCAUUUAAUCCCAAUAAACAACCACAUCACGGAAUAAACAAUGAAGUAUUUCAUAACGUAGGAUAUAAGUACGACGGUCGAACGAAUCCUAACCAAGUGUACGGUUAUACUUUCGGUAAUCAGGGUACUCCGCAAGUGAAUAAUAUAAUUCGUAAUCCUUUAGAAUUCCAAAGAGGCUAUAGUGUAAAUUUACCCCGUCCUAUGUUGCCUCCACGUAAUUCUUAUCCACCGGUUAGUGGAAAAAACCAAGUGACUGAUCAGACUAGCUUAGUUUCUAACAAACAUGUUCAUAGAUCUAACUCUACUCAUGUAUUUCAUCAAAAUAUGGAGACCCCGCAAAUUGAUAUCGAAGCGGCAAGAAAUCAACUCCGACAUGAAUUGAACUAUUACCUGCAAAAAGGAGACUGGAGCUAUGACUUUAAUACCGGUAGUUUAAUUCAGAACUACCAGAAGAAAUCGAGUAAAAGUAGUGAUGAUAGCGGAUUUGUAAUGACAUUAGACAGAAGCAGUGACGGAACUUCAAAAUCGACUUACUCGAAAACCCCCCCGUCAACACCACAUUCAACAAUGCCAUCUGUGAGGCAUAAGAAGAGUCGGUCUAAAGAAUCAAAAUUGAAUCAUGGCACGAAAGAAAACUCAAAAGUAAAUUCAAGUCGAGACUCUUUGAACAGUCAUCAUUCUAUUAGAUCAAGGGACAGUGCUAAGUCAGACCGACAGUGCAAAUCGGAUCGCAGUACGCCUAAAUCUGAUCGAGGAACGCCACGAUCAGGUAAAGCGACUCCUAAAUCAGGCGCCAUUACUCCCAGAUCUGGUUUAGCAACUCCAAAAUCAGGGCGACAAACACCUAAGUCCGGUAUCGCCACGCCAAAAAGCGGGAGAUCCAGUGGAAAACCAGAAAAACGUUCGAAACAUAAACCUUCUGAGAAGAUGACACAACUAAUGUCUGAAGCCGCAUCAUCUUCCAGCAGCGAUAGUAUACCGUUUGAACUAAGAAGAUUAGAAUCGUCAGCAAGUGUACCCUACAGUUUAGAUCAUGGUCCCGAACUUUUGCGUCACUGCAGAAGUGCUGCCUCUGUAUUGGAUGAACCUAAUAUUAAUAAUACGUUUGGAUCUGAAUCAUUACCGAAUUUAGCCCCACCACCAGCUUUCGAAUCACCACCACUUGAUAUCGCUGACAAAGACUUUAAAAUAUUACCACCUGAAAACUUUUCUAAUAAAGAAGAAAAGAGAACCAGAAGCAACUCGACUUCAAGCUUAAGUGAACAAAGCGGAUGGGUAUCUAGUGGGCGUAGUUCUGGACCUUCGACUCCAGAUAACGCUAGUUGUCAAUUAAACCAAAAUUUCCCUCCUCCUGUGAGUUCAACUGGCUCUAAGGUUUCCAAUGAUGAAGUUGAUGGUAGAAAAGUUGAAGGUGAAACAAUCAGCGACUUCAAAAGAACAGUCCUUAACGGUGACCAACUGAGAGAAAGACUAUUAAAAUUAGCUGUUAAAGUAGCACAGGCUAAUCCAAAUGAAAAAAUUGAAUGCUGUGAUAAAGAAGUAUGUGAAGAAUGCACAAUUUGUAGUGACUCUAUUUGCACGGAUAGCCAAUGUGAAUAUAACAAGCUUAUGCAUAGUAAUGGGAUAGACGCUGGUUGUAACUCAGACACGUGUACAGCCAGCUGUUUUCAGCAAAUGCCAGCUAACGUGGGUAAAAUUAACCAAAGACAUAAUUCUUUUAGUGCUAUUCAAGGAAAAUCUUACAACAGCACGCCUAAAACAUCAAAUGAAGGGAUGGUAAAGAAAUCACAAACAAUCAGUGACAACUUACAUCCCUAUUUACGAAAGGAGAUAUCGCCAAAGUUGUCACAGGAACCAGUAAAGUCAAAUCCACAAGUGAAAAAAGUAUUAAAAGACCGAAUUGAAUACACUGAAAAAUUGAUAGCGGCCGAAAUUAGAAGUCUCACAGUUGAUCGUAAUUGCAAAAGCCACAAGAAAUCAAACGGGGCGGCUGCAGCUGUACAGAAAUACCAUAAUAGAGCGAGGUCUGAAAUUGAUCUCGCCCAUUUUCAGGCUGAAAAUGAUUACGAGCAUUUACCCCCACCCCAGCAGUUUAGAGAUGCCCCGCCCCCUCCUGACGAAUUUAAGGACCCACCGACAACCAAGUCCCCAAAAUUAAGCAGACAGAGCAGCAAAUCCUCUACUCCUUCUAAAACGCCUCGAAAACAAUCAGUCCAACCUUCAACCCUCGAAUUAGAUAAUCCAUUAUACCACGUUUGUGAAGGUAUUAUUGUUAAUAUAAAUAUUUCUGUAAAUACCUACGUUUGUGUAUUUCGUGUGCUUCUGCUACUAACUAAUCUUUUCGGCUUCGCAUCAGGUAUUAGAGAGCGCCGAAAACUUAGACCUCUGCAAUCGGUCACCUCGAAUGGUACUACUUCGGGUGGCACACUGAAUAAAAGCCAGAGUACUGGCGAAUUAGCCUCUAGAAACGAGAAUGGAAAUAACAAAGAACAACGGGAGAGCAACUUCGUCAGCAUCUUCGGACUGGCCGAGUCUGAGCGUCUCUUCGUGAAGUGCAGAGAAGAGUUCAGACAGAGCGUGAAGUACCCAGGUGCAAUCUACUCUGACUACACGUUGCCCGUCGAAGGCUCUCUGCCGUAUUUCCAUAUCAGUGACGAAUACAGGAUGUUUAAUCCAGAAGGGUUGCAUUUAAUUAUCUGCGUGCAUGGCCUAGACGGUAACGCAGCAGACCUACGCUUAGUGAAGACUUACCUAGAGUUAGGUUUACCAGGAGCUAGAUUAGACUUCCUUAUGUCGGAGCGUAAUCAAGGAGAUACCUUCUCUGAUUUCGACACCAUGACAGACAGGCUUGUUCAAGAAAUUAUUACACACAUACAAAACUCUAACGAGCCAGCUCGAAUAAGCUUCGUAGGCCACUCUUUGGGCACAAUUAUUAUCAGAUCCGCUCUAGCAAGGCCACAAAUGAAACCAUUUCUUGGGAAGCUGCAUACUUUCUUGUCCUUGAGCGGACCGCAUCUAGGAACACUGUACAAUUCCAGUGGAUUAGUCAAUGCAGGCAUGUGGUUUAUGCAAAAAUGGAAAAAGUCCGGCUCCCUCCUCCAACUAUCACUACGUGACGCAUCCGACCCGCGGCGCUCGUUCCUCUACCGUCUGAGCGAGCGAAGUCAGUUGCAUCAGUUCAAGCACAUUUUACUCUGCGGAUCAGGACAAGAUCGCUACGUGCCUCUACAUUCAGCUCGGCUUGAGCUUUGUAAGGCGGCGGCGAAGGAUACCUCGUUGUUGGGACAAGCUUACAGAGAAAUGGUACACAACAUGGUCUCUCCACUAGCAUCGCGCGCGUCCUCCGUGUCCGUGGUACGGUACGACGUGCAACACGCAUUGCCGCACACCGCUAGCGCACUGGUUGGCCGGGCCGCACACAUCGCUGCCCUCGACUCUGAUCUGUUUAUCGAGAAGUUCUUACUCGUCUCUGCUAUGAAGUACUUCCGAUAGAUAAGUUACAUUAAGCCGGCAAUCCCACCCUUAUUACUGAAAUAUCCAGAAAGUCGUGUCAAUGGUUCGCUACGUGAAGUAGGUGUUGCCGCACACAGACAGUGCACUAGUCUUAUUUCAUUGAGAAGUAGGCAGGAAACGUGGGAACACCUAUAAAGUCUUCGAAAUAUUGUGGUAGCUUAAAAGGCAAAAGCGUAAAAACAUAUACCUAAAGACUAUUUGUUACUUAAACCCUAGAGUUUAUCGGUCUAAUGUAAUCAUAGUAGACGUAUAUAUCGAGAAGGUAUCGGUUUUUGCUCCUGUUCUGAGAAUAGUACCUACAAUAUCGCACAAUGCGCCUAUGAAUACUGCACUUCACAUCACAUCAUAAUGGGAUUUAAAUAAGUACGUAGGCAUACAGGCUAGAGCUUUCCAUUUACUCAAAUACUUACCAAAAGUUACAUUUACGUAAUGGUACAUGUUUUUAUUUACGGAAAACCAGCCUUUUACCAGGAAUAUAUUUAAGGUAAGGUCAAAGUGGGGAAGACAACUAUAUAUAAUUUUUGAUUGCGAAUACCGUCAUAGGGACAAGAACUCUCGUAUUUGUAUACGUACUUCGCUCAUACAAAAACAGAAACGAAGAGCUUCGCACGGGUACGGGCCUUGUAGAUUCAAGUGCAUGCCUGAUAGACGGUUAUACCUGAUAGACGGUCUUUUGCACAUCAACCUUAUCUUUAAGAGUUUACGGUGACUUCUUAGGAACGAACGCUAAUUUAAAUACGUUUCGUAUUUUCGUUGAUGUAAUGUUUACCCGGUACAUAUUAUAAUAUGUAUAUUGAAACGUACCGUAUCUGAUUGGCCUAAACAUGCAUUUUAAAGUUGUAUUCACAAAUAACGAACUCGCAUUUCUUCAUGCAUUUUCAUUAAAGCAUUUUGUGCUAUUUUAGAGGGUAGAUAGGUACAUACGAAAAAUCCAAAUACAUCUAGCUGAUGCCUAUACUCUAUUCCAUUAAGAACUUAAAAUAAUGUAAACAAACAAUAACAUGCCAUACAGUAGCUCAGCUAAUGAUAUAAUUCUACAGAUACAAUAAGUUGCAUCUCAUUGGCGGAAUGACCGAGUCGCAUGGUUUGGUUUGUUUACAUUAUAUUUUAUGUGCGUAUGGAAUAGACUUCAUUGUAAAUCGACUCCCAAUUCGUACGAGGUUGAAUUCUAUAGUUUAAGGAUUUUAUAGUUCCAUAAGACAAAUGGAGAGGACGCUAAAACAUAACUGAUCAUUUUGUAAAUUUUUAAAUCACGUCCGUCAAAUGGAUGAUUGGGUGUAUGUUUGUAAUAUUCUAGAUAGGGUUAUCACGAAACACCAAAGAUUUUGUAUAUUGUUAGAAUAAGUAUUAAGCGCGCGAAGCUAGCGUAUUAGAGUUUAUUACUUUCUCGGCCCCGACGUUGCAAAAUUCCGAAAGAUUUAUGCAGAAUGUAAGAUUUAAUAAACAUUGUUGGAGUGUUUAAACUCUAAUAUGCUAGAACCUCAUAAACACACGAUGACGAUAAACGUAAAUAGAAUAGGAUAAAUCAACAUUAAACGAAUGUCAUUGAUACCCAGAGAUAAAAUUAUGCAUUUUAAUAAAGCAUGAACGUGAUAAAGGUGGGAACAGAGGGCCUACCGCGAACCACGUUCGACGGGUCACACUUACGUACGAAAUUUACAAGUGCGACAGAGAGGCAACACGUCGAACGUGGUUCGCGGUAGGCCCUCAGGGCUAUAACCCAGCCCUAUAAAAUCGAAGUUGGGUCCCUUUCUAUCGCUCGAAUAUGCAAGAGCAAAGAAAUGCGAAAUAUAACAAACUUCGAUUAUCUAUGAUUGCAAUCGCCCUUGAGAUGAGAUGGUUUAUAAUCAAGUAAUAAAACCGUAAGCGGAAAAACAAUGCUACGGACUACAGCGUAGCACUCACGUAGCAGACCCGGAUGCGUAGCCAAGUAACAAUCAUUAUUGCCAAUAGAAUAAGAAUAUAAUGGGAGAUGAUUUUACCCCGUUUCUUUUAAGAUUAGAAUUUUUCUAACCUCAAAAGUUAAUUACCACUAUUUUUUUCCGAAAUGCUACGGUUUUCCUACUUCCUAUGAUAUCUAAUAAUGCGGUACACUAUAAUUCAGCGCGUCGUCAGUAAGAUUUAAUUUUGGAGGAAAAGUUACCACUGCUUUUAAGGUUAUAAAGUUUCUGAAAAAAAAACGGACUAAUCACGGCCUUACCACGGCUAACUUACUUUCUAUACAUCUCACUCGCACUAAUAUACGAGUACGAGCGAGAUGCAUAGAAAGUAAGAUACGGACACGCUAGCGAAUAUGUCAGUGUCAAACUGGUGGUAAUGGUAGCCUUCGUUUAACUUCGUUCAUGUCAUUCCGAAUAUCCAGAUACAUAUUUUUGCUUUUCAAUUGACUAUGACAGCUAAAGAGGAUACGUUUCGAUUUUGCUAUGAUUCGACCUUAACUAGUGUUGGUAGGAACACGAGUCUUUUGAGGCUGAAUUUGAAGAACUCUACUCGUUUUUAUGAAACUCGACGCCUUAAAAACUUCCGAGUCUUAUGUCCCGAGGCGAGUCAUUUAUUGAGUCUUUUUUAAGAGAAUUCAAAAGGACUCGAGUCUCCAAAUAAAGACUCCGUCCAUAGGUUUAACCUAAAUAAAAGUAAACAAAUUAUGCGUUAUUGAACAAUUUGUGUGCCUAAUCCAGGAAUAUUACUUAAAGACGAAGCAUUUCGAAAUUUUGUAAACAAAAAAAUUGAGAGCUCUCUGAAAAGGACUAAGUCCCUACAAAUGACUCGAGUCUCUUAACAAGUUGAAAAGAACUCGAGUUUAGACUUAAUAUGUGAGUCUGAAAAACUGAGUCGAGUUUCAAAGCAGAGAACUCAAAGGACUCUAAACCAACACUAACCUGAACACGACAUACAGCGCAUCUCAAGCGCACCAAUCGGCGUGAGAGAUAAACAAGGUCGUAUCAAAACAUUAGAUAACAAAUUGGUGGUAGUUUAGCGAAAAGGAUCCAUUCUAUAAAAUUCGUCAUUUAAAUUUAUGACUUUUCUCUUUGGCAGAAAGUUAAAAUUGUAUUUAAAGAUUUAUGUGCAUUGGAUCCUUUUCUCUAAAUUACUUCCAAUUCAAUCGGAUUCGGCUUUCUGGAACGCAUUCGCAUUGGAACCUAAAUAAAAUCUCAUCUUAUGUGAAAUUACUGUAAGAACAUCCCGCACUAAUUCGUGUUACAAGCAAGCUGGGGCCCAUUUCUCGAACGGUAUGAGUCUUAUAAGUGUGUUGCCAUAGUAACCCAUAAGACUUGUCAGUUCGUGAACUAAUAUUAUUAGUAGUCUAAUAGGGACCGUGCGGGUUGGAGGGUCUGUCAUCCUGUGGCCUGAAUCGGAACCAUUUAUUUAUUUAUUUAUUUUUUCAAAUAUUUACACGGCAUUACAGCAUAUGCCAAUACACCGAAUAAUUAGACUAUACAAAUACAAAACAUAUAUAAAAUAAAAAACAGAUAUUCAUUAAAAAUCACAUGCAAGUGCUGGAAAGCCUAUCAUCCAUCAUCUCACAGAACCUCAGACACGCCUGGCACACAUUCGCCCAUCUCCCCGCAAACAAGUCACACUCUGGUGCUGAUGUCAAGAGUGCAUUGAGCAGCGAUAACGCGCGGAGGAGUGGCGAGUUCCUGCGCGAUACUGUGCGCGCCACCGGUACGGCCAACAGUGGACGCGUUCGCGGCCUCAAGAAGACUCGAGGAAUAUCCGGGACGUACAACCUCAAGACUCGAUCUACCAGUUCCGGGCAGUCCGAGUCACCGCGCAAUAUGCGACAAGCUGUAGUCAGCAAGAUGUUGUUGCGCCUCACCUCUAGAGAAUUAUAUCCAAGGCAGCCUAAUAAGAAUUUUGUUGGGUACAAGAAUGGGAAGUACCCAUACCUUUUUUUGUACAGAAAUCUCAAAAAGGCCUUUUGGAUUCUCUCCAGAAGUAAGGCGUAUGAAGACUCGUACGGAUUCCAUAUAAUAGAUGAGGCCUCAAGCUUGCUCCUCACUAAGGCGUUGAAAACCAUCGCAAUAGCCCCAGUGUCACGAAAAUCCUUGACAUUGCGGACCAUGAACAUGUACAUUUACACGUCAAGUGUUUUCUUGUGCAUAGUAGGUUCUGCCAUCUUGUGGGAUACAUCGGAACAAUAAACAUCACAUUUACGCCUCGCGCCAAAAAUCUGACGGCUCCUGUGCUGCAGUUCAUGCACGCUCCCUAUACCGCUCAAGAAAUUGGCCCAAAGACGUGCUGCGAGUACCUAAUUUCAAAAUAAUAUCAAAUAAAUGAAAAAAUGUAAUGCCGGAUAACGCAAAACAAUUGCUUUAUGAUUACCUAUUUAGAGUAUACUCGUUAUAAUCUAUCUACGAAUAAAAGUAUUAUCGUUAUCUUGGAGGAUUUAACAACUGAAGUCGCCUUUAAGAGCUUACCCCUCUGCCGAAAACCUCGGCCAAUGGUCAUAUGUAUUGUAUGGACUGACGUUUAUUUCCCAUGGCUAUUUGUACGUUACGUAAAAAUAGCCAUACAUUUGACGUGCCCCUUCCCCGCAAAAAUCGGCAAACUGUUUUGUACAGAAAAUUACAGACAAGGUGUCUCCAGUUGUUAAAUCCUCCAAGAUCGUUAUGGAGGAUUUAACAACCAGAGUCAUCUUUAAGAGUUUACCCCUCUGUCGAAAACCUCGGCCAAUAGUCAUACUUAUUGUAUGUACUGACCUUUAUCUGACACGUACAUAACGUACAAAUAACCAUACAUUUGACGCACCCCUCCCCGCAAAAUCGGCAGACUGUUUUGUACAGAAAAUUACAGAAAAGGUGUCUACAGUUCUUAAAUCCUUCAAGUACUAUUUUAAAUAGUAAAUUUGACAAAGGAGUGCUAAAAACCAGAAACUAGUCGUACGAAGGGUGAUUGCUGAAUUUUUACUAGAUCUAAGACGAAACUUUACACCAAAUAAUUUAAGACGAUAACUUAGUCUAUAGAUAUUAUAUGUUAUUUGUAUUAUAUUUAUUGUUAUGUACAGUCGCCAUCAGAUAUAUCGGAGCUGCAAAAGCGCUCACAAAUAUCUGAACACACCUCUAUUGUAAAGGCGUUAGAGUGCGUGUUGAGAUAUUUUUGAGCAUCUCUGCUGCUCCGAUAUAUCUGAUGGCGACUGUACAUGAACGGUCUAGGUAAACGUUUUUGGGCUAUUUGUUAUUUUGUUGUAGGUUUUUAGAUUUUCAUAUAAUUUGGUGGAUAGACAAAGUAGAGUUCCCUAUUCUGUACAACAUAAUUGCAAUUUCACCUCCUAUAAAAAUUAAUUUAAAAAAAAAAUAACCUAUUGUACCUAUACAUACCUACCUAUGCCUAUUGCUAUUAUACCUAUGUAUGUCCUACAAAAUCUUCCACUAAGCUACGUAAACGUAUGAAACUUUGUCAAAGGAAUUUUUUUUCCAAAUUGGGAUUUUGUAUCUAUUCUAACAAGAAUGAGGAACUCUUCAAAUCUACCAUUUUUUUAUCAAAAUCUGACUAAUAAAUUUAAUCGACAAAAAAAAUGGCCCUUUUACGUCUAAUGAAAUAUAUGUCUUCAGUUACAACAAUAUCUGUCACGAUGAAGCGCUCGCUCGAUUGCGAUAUUUCUGACCGAUUCAAUCCUUCAAGAAAAGAGCGUGCUCCAUUGUUAAAAGCCGACAACGACAACGCACUUCACUUGCCCUCUGGUGUUGCAGGUGUCCGUGGGCAACGAUAAUUGCCUACCAUCAGGCAAUUCGUCAGCUCGUUUGCCUCCUAUAUAAUAAAGAUAUACUUACACGUUCUCGCGUCAGAAAAUUUUGAGCACUCCAUUUACUUCAAUGUACAGUCAGCAAUACUAUUUGCUUAGCACCUUUGCAUAUCUACUAAUUUCUAUGCAGGGGGUGGUCGGUCCAUUUUCUCUGCAGCUGACUGUACCUACUUAAACUAUUAUAAUGCUACUUCUUUGUUACGACUCUCAUUUACUUGGGACUGAAACUCAUUAAAUUACAAAAAUAUGACUAUUCCACACUACAUUCUCAUUAUUUUGUCAGAAAAAUAAAGCGAUGCACAAAUUAGACACUGCCUUAAAACGACACGUUUUCCAGGUAUAGGUAGGUAUAUCCAGGUAUAUGGAAAUCUCAUUAUAACCCCUUCACAUGGCCUUUAUAUUCUGUUUGUAUAUCAGAUACUAAAAUGACUAUGUAUUGUAUUUGCCGACUUAAUCAUCCUGUUUUUGUACCAAUUUUGUAGUAAAAUGUCAGAUCAAUCGGACAACUUGGAGCAAAUGAACCGUAGUGCCAUUUUAGUAUCUGGCAUUUUGAAAACAGAGCCUAAAGAAAAUUUACUCUGUAUGUUAUCUACAGAAUGUUCAUUUAGUCACCUGCAAUAAUUUACGGGCUGAAUAUAUAGGCCAUAUUGAGCAACUUUUAAUCGGACCAAUCCCGAAAUCUCGAAAAAAAAAUGUACCUCCUAUACAAAAUGUCAAGGUCAGUCAUCAAUUUUUUUUUCGCUAUUUCGGGAUUGGUCCCAUAGUAAAAAUUGCUCAGUAUGACCUAUAUAUUUACUCCGUAAAUUAUUGCAAGUGACUAAAUAACAUUCUGUAUAUUCAUGGAAGCCUACUUUUCUUGUAGAUUAACGAGUCGAUUUAUUAAUUGAUAGGUCAUAAUGAGUGUGAUAAUGGCCUAAGAUAAUUAAACAAAUGUUUACAAAAUUUAGAACAGAAUUGAAGAACUAAUGAAACACAUCCGCGAGAUCUCUUUCAUUUUGUACCUAGUAAGAAUCCGCAGUAAGCUCGGCAGAAUUUUAAAACUACGUGUUGGAUUCAAUGACACUUUGCACAUACAAUGACAUGCUGAGGUAUAUCUAUGCCUGUAAUUUGUCUAUACAGCUCCAGGUUAUAAAACAAAAUAGAGCAAAAACAAGUUUCGUAUGAAAAACUUAAAUCAGUUGUAUUUUUUUAACUAUGGUAUCUGAAGCUACAUAAUCUAAUAACAUGCAUAGAUAUACCUUAUCCUAUUGAAAGUACAAAGUUUCAGAGCAAUCUAGCUAGUCGUUUUAAAAUGAGAGCGUAACUACGUCUGUAUGAAGAACCGAGCUUACUGUGGACUCUUUAAGUGUAUCAUAUCAUAUAUCAUGCACGGCUCUGGACUAUUAAUCUAUAGGUAGUUAUCUAUAGGUAUUAAGUGUGUCGUUACUCAAUAGCCACCCCAAAUCAUGUCCAGUGGUACACCAUAAAUCGUCUGUAAAUAGACGAAAUGGCCCAUGAUGAAAUCCAUUUAACUUAUUUAUUUUAGGAUUCACUAGAAUCAUAGGUUCUUCAUAUUUUAUACCUGCAAUUAAGAUUACAUCGUUUGUUUACGCUUCGGCUUCACAAACAUACGAGUAAAGCCUGACCAGUAAUAUAUGAUCACGCGCCAUAUUGCGGAAUUUCAUUGGAACUAUUGCAUGAGAACAACAGCGCCCUCUUGACAAUGAUCAUUAUAUUUCUGGUCGGGCUUUAGAAAUUUAACGAACUAUGUCGAUAGUUCCGAAAUAAAUAAAAACAUAAAAAUUGGCUUCGUUGAAUCGAUUAUAGUAAGAGAAUGUAUUAAAUUUUCUUUAGCCAAGUGUACUAUCAGCAACCCACUAGACUGACCAUUGGUCGACCUUAUAUCUUUGCGAUAAGGUUCAUAGUCAGUUUAGUGUGAGAUGGUAUUUUACGAGACUUGUUUUCAAUUGAAUACGAAACAAUUUAGUCAAGCACCAACUGCUAUGUGGUCUUACGCCGGCAAAUCAUUCGGUGGUUUUCGUAGUGUCAUUGCGUCACUUUCGUUUGCUAUAUAAAGAGAUGAAAGAACGAACAAAGUGAACUGGCCACUUUAAAACGAUUCCACUUUAUAAUUGUGCUGAAACUUAUCAACAUUCAUAAUAUUAAUCAUGGUAUUCUUACCUGUGUCUUAAUACAGUUGUGUUUGAAUAAUAGACGAAUAUUUGAAAAAAUACCAUCAAGUCCCAUUUCUAAUAUUUAAAAGGCCGAGUUCGUACACGUAAUAAAAUAAAUAAAGUAUUGUUUAUAAAUGUACCCUACAAAAAAAUAAACCUAUAUUAUUAUAAUUAGUAAAAUCAUGGCUAGCAUAGCAUAACAUGUGAUACUGCCCGGUUCGAACUUUAAGAUACGUCAAACAUUUGCUAAAGAUACGAUAUGGAUUAGAUAUGUCAGUGUCAAAAGUGACGUUUUUCAAACAAAAAUGGACACUGACACAUCCAACCCAUAUCAUAUCUUUACGAAAUUUUUGACGUGUUCUUCAAAUUCGAAUCGGGCCGAUAGUCCAGUCAAACUUUCAUAAAUACUUUAAGUUCAUAAUAUUGACAGUGAUUCGCAAAAAAAGAUAACGAGGCCCGCUAAGGCCGUAGCCUUAAUAAAUAUAACUAUAACACGUUAGACAUUAAAGUUGUAAAUUUUUAUCGAAUGUUAGACUGAUCUUUAAAAUAUAUACGAUCAUUAAGAUAUUUGUAAAUGUCAUAUAAUUUUUUUAAGAGUAGAAAUUUAUUUCAAUCCUAAGAUGAGGUGGACCAAAGUCGAUGUGUUAAAUUUUCAAUUAAAAUAGAUUAGAAAAUCGAAUCGAAAAAUUUGAUAAUUCAUAAUGGGAUUGGCCCACCUCAUCUAAAAGCAGCUGACCUACCAGCGGCGAGGAAGUGACUGGCGAUUGAAAAUCCUAUGUGAUAAAGCAUUUAUAUGCAUAUAUUAAUCUUUGGUACUAAACUUUAAGAAAACAAACACUUGCUUAGAAAAGCCAUCACUACUCACUUCCAGCAUAUUGCCACUAGAAGGACAGCUGCCUAAGAAAGUAGUAUCAUUCUCUGUCCACUUUUCUCCUAAUUAUUUCAUACUUUUACAGGGGCUUGAAAUAAUAUAUGCCUUUGAUUUACUAGUACAAAAGAUGGAAAUCAAAUCACUAGUCAGAUAAUUUCAUUGUUUAUAUUGGUAUUAGCUGUAGAUGAUGUAGGUGAUCAACUAAGCUUCUGAGAGAAAUUUGGUAGUAAACUACUACUAACUGAAUGGUUGGAAAUCAGCAAGGUAUCCUUUAUUGGCAACUGUCUGGUCAACACUUAAGUUCCAGGGGUCUAAAUUAUAUUAUCUUUGCCAUUAUCGCGUCUGAGGGCAUUAAGGGAUUAAUUAAGCCAAAAAAUAAUGGUAAUAUUUUCUGACUUAAUACAUCACUACUGUCUACAUGAAAAUAGCUAUACCUGGUAUAACAUAAUUAAUCUGAGACAUACAUUAUUUCAACAAUCAUUUUAUUAGAUUAUUGUUAUAUAUGUACACACCUACUUACGGGGAUAGAAUUAAGUAAUAUACCUCAAUUUGCUCACGGACUUGCUUAACGACGGAAUCUGUGUAGCUAAAUGUAAAAUGAUAAGGAUUUUGUAAAUAUUAUGUAUGUAGAAAAGAAAAUCUUAUUUGUAAAUUAAAUUCGUAUGUUUAAAGGCAAUGUGUUGAUGUAAUACACUUAUGAUGAUAAAUAAAUAUGGCAAAAUAAAUUUUGA